AUGGUGGAGGGGCGAACGCGGCUCCCGCUGCUGGUCCUCUCUGUGUGCACGUUACUAGUCAUGGACACAGCGCAGGCCAAAGCAACACCGUGCCCCGGGCCAGACUCCAAGCGCUACACGAUAAAAUCCACCGACACGUGCGCGUACCUCCUAACGACCUACUUCGCCUCCUCCAAUGACACCUUCGCGCAAUUCACGGGAAGCGCCGGCUGCGCUGACCCACUUCAGGCCGGCGCUACCAUCUGCCUUCCUAAGGGGAAGUCGAUUCAAGUGAUCUGUCCGCGCGGCUUCAAGCGCUACCCGCUGAAGUCCAACGACACGUGCACCUACCUCCUAACGACGUAUUUCGGCAACUCGGGCCCCGCCUUCGCCGAAACGACGGGUUACAGCUGCACCGAGCCGCUCAACGUCGGCUCCGUAAUCUGCGUUCCCAGGGCGGAAGGAGUGGGGUCGUCGGGGCAGACCGCGCCGCCCGCGAUCAUGUCCUCGUGCCCGCGCUUCACCGUGGCGUACGCGACGAAAGCGGACGAGACGUGCACGACGCUCGCGACGCGGUUCUUCUUCGCGAACGCGGAUCUGUUCCGAAAGUACAAUUCCGACCGGCCGUGCGAAGAGCUCGUGGCGGGCGCGGGCGCGGGGAGCAACGGCACCGUCAUCUGCGUGCCGUCGACCGUGGCGCAAAGCACCACGAUUCGGCCCAUCGGGGCGCAAUGGAGCGCCUUGAGCGAUCUGAUGAAGGUGUGGGAUUCCAUGAGCGCGUACGGCUGGCGGAGCAACGCGCCGUGCGCCUCCAUGCUCGGAGUCACGUGCAACAGGGCGGGCGUCGUCAUCCGCCUCUGGUUACCCUACCUCACCCUCGGCUCCUACAUACCGCCCACCAUCGCCGCACUCACCGGCCUCACCUCCCUGAACCUGGCGCAGAACUGGUUCCAGGACUCCCUUCCCAACAGCAUCAGCCGACUCGCCGGCCUGCAGGAGCUAUACCUGAACGACAACCUCUUGACGGGUCCAUUACCGCUGGGCAUGGCAGCACUCGCACAGCUCAAGACCCUAGACGUGUCAGACAACAAUCUAUGGGGCACUGUUGACGUGCUGGGAAAGCUCAGGAUAUCCUCGCUAGACCUCUCGGACAAUCAAUUUGCGGGAGCACUUCCUCGCCCAGGUGCGGCCAUCUACCGAGUGUCCAACAACUACUUCUCCUUCGGUCUCCUGCGCCUCAUGGCGGACUGCACGCUCCCCCGCACCAUCACCGGCAACUGCCUCGCCGUCACCCUCGACUACCCCUGCACCGGCCCCGAUUCCACGCAGCAGCGCCCUCUGGAGGUCUGCCACGCGUUCUGCGGGACGAGCCCGUCGGACCUGCCGUGUGGGGGCCAUGGGGAGUGUUAUCUGAACGGGCCGAAUCUGAUUCCCACGUGCAGCUGUGACACGGGAUAUGCACUCGGUCAGCGCCGCACCACGUGCGUGCCGCUUGGCAUUGCGAUCGGCAUAGCAGUCGACUCCUCAGAUCCCUUCCUCACGCCCAUUCUCCUGGCCAACGCAACCUUCAAGACCGGAGUCCUCUCACUCACCAGCGGCCCCGACAGCUUCGGCGCAGCCUACAUGCCACAGCCCAUCUGUCUCUUCUCCAUCACGCCUCCCACGAGCGUCCCCGCAGGGACCCCUGUGAAUCCCGCAUCCUCCCCAGAGCCUGUGUGCGGCACAGAGCUCAGUUUCAACGUCACCUUCUCCUUUCGGAUCGAGUCUGUUGGGGUUAACCAAAACGCCACGGGCAUGGCGUUUGUCAUCUCGCCCGCCACUGCGGUGGGCGCGGGGGGCAGCGGGCUGGGGUACUUCUCUCUGGCUGGGUCCGUUGCGGUUGAGAUGGAUGCGAAGCAGGACGCGGGGAACGCCGGUGACGGGCCCGCCCCGCACGUGGCGAUAUCGGUCAACGGCGGCACAACAACCCUCGCCUCCGCAAAACCCACGACUCUCCUGCUCGUCAUCCCCCGAACGCUCCUCGACCGGCGCUUGUGGGUGGACUAUGAUGCGGAUCAGCACAAGAUGUGGGUGUACCUAGCAGUGGACGAUGGGUCGGACAAGCCCAGCCUGGCGCUGCUGUCUGGAGUGGACGUGAACCUGUGCGAGCUGCUGGCGCCAUCAGCGAGUCAGUCGUCGUACUACUUUGGGUUCACGGGGUCGGCAGGGAAGGUGCCGAUGAGGCACACCGUCACAUCCUGGAGCAUUGACACUGUGCCACCGGUGCAGCAAACGCAAGUGGCAAUACCUGACAUGCCGCUGGGUCUGGACCCGUUGAAAGAGGUGACGAGCUAUGGCAGCAACCGGCUGUUCCAGUACGCGUCAGCAGGCUAUGCGCGGUCCCCGGACGGCUCUGACUCGUGGUCGCUGCUCUCACUCUCCUCCUGGCUCACGCCCUCCUUCAUCGCCCCUGUGCUCAACCAGAACGGCUGCGAGGCAUGCUGGGCGUUCGCAGCGGUUGCAAGCAUCGAGUCAGCGCACGCCAUUCUCCACAGCGGGGCCUCGGCUGCACCGCAGCUGUCGGUGACGCAGAUGCUGCAGGCCACGGGCUCGUCCACCUGCACACCCUCCUCGCCCGCGCUCGGCCUGCAAUACGCCAUCAACAUGACCAAUGCGGGCUGUGGUCUCAGCCUUGCCUCCUCCUCGCCCCCGAGUGUGUGUGAGAACACACCGUACAAGGUGGAGUCAUACGCCAAGGUGUCGUUCCAGGGGUGGUUUGGGCUGCUGCUGGCCGUGCAGCGCCAGCCAGCCAUCGUGCACAUACAGGCCGACGCCGACUCCUUCCGCCUCUACGAUGGGACCUACGUGUACCAGGACCCCUCGUGCUACUCGUUCAACCUGAACCACGUGGUGGUAAUAGUGGGGUACCUUAUAGCGGGUGUGGAGUCCAAGGCACCAGGGCUGGCGCCACCCUACUGGAUCAUCCGCAACUCGUGGGGGCCGGACUGGGGCUCGGGAGGGUAUAUGCGAAUGGCCAUCCAGGGGGGGAAUGGCGUUUGUGGAGUCAACACUCUGCCCGCUCUUGUCCCUGUUGUGAAGGACCCCACAAACCCCUGCAACCCCAGCUCGUUCCGAGUAUCGGGGGGGCCGGCGCUGAACCCGUGUGGGGGAUUCACAUGCUCCGUGGACCCUGCCAACGCCACCACCAACGUGUGUGACUGCAAGCUGCCCUUCGUCAUGGCCACCAACACCGACGGCUCCCGCACCUGCGCCUACUUGGAUGCAUGUGGGACAGCAAACCGCAACCCAUGCCUUGUGGGCACGUGUGUGAAUGACGGCAAGGGAGCGUACUCGUGUGUGUGCCCCCCGGGCUACUGGCACGGGCUCACUGAUGAAGGCUCUGAGUCCUGCUUCCCCGGGGAUGCGGGGACGACAUACAUUGUGACAUUCAGCAACGUUCGGUGCUCAGACAUCCACCCCAUCUACAGCCUCACUCUCACAGAGUUCAAGGCCAAAAACCCCACGGUGAACUGCAACGCUGACAUCCCUGUGGGCACGGAGGUGGAUGUGUCCUCUGCAGUCACCGUCUCCGCCUGCACCGUCCUCUACUACACCUCCUCCAAGGACACCUGUGCAUCGCUCCAAACCUACUUCAACCUCACCAAUAUCACCGCUCUCAACCGCGGUCUGGACUGCACAGUACCACUCAAGCCCAACACUGCCCUGUGUGUGGAGCGCAACCCUGCUCUACCGGGCUUCCGCUACGAGUGCUCUCAGUGGCGCAGCGUCACUGCCAGCGAUACUUGCGACUCACUCCGCCUCUCCGCCAAACCUCCUCUCUCCCCGCUGAGUUUCUUCCGCCUGAACAUGGGGAUUAACUGCGACCACAUGGCGCCUGCUGUCAGCAUUUUGGGCGAGAGCUCCUGGUCUACCAGCUCGUCGGGAUACUUUGGCUUCCAGGUGUGUCUGUCCAGCCAAGCAGCGUUCGGGCAGCAGUGCCCAUCGGGCACCAAGGGAAUUUCAACGUCCAUGCAGUGUGCAGGAAUCAACAGCAAUUACUAUUAUAACAUUCAAGGCGCCUUCAAGUCCUGCAACGGCUUCGAAUGCCCUAGUUCUGUGCCCCCGGGAAUGUGGAUCUGCGACCCUGCCGGCACAUGGACUCCCUGUCUCAAUGUACCCUAA